UAAAAUUGUUGUUAGCUGAGCGAAAAGAAAAUGAGAGAAAAGGUAAAAUGAGGAAGGGAGCUGAAAUACAUAAUAAACAAUGGCGACGGGCGUCGUGUAAUUCACUCACUCAGACUUUCGGAGAACUGAAGCGCACAGGCGCAGGAGCCGACUUGAAUCCACCACAACAACACUGUGGAUUCGAUUGAUUGAUUGAUUGUUUGUUUGAUUCAGGCUCAAAAGAGUGGUUUUGUUCGAGCUAAAGUUCAAGCUGAGUUGAGUUCGAGUCUGUCCUUUCUCUGUCAUCUUCAUUUCUCUUUUAUUUAUUCGAAGAAAUCAUCAAAACCCCAUCAUCCCCCAUUAGUGAAUCAUUGCAGGACAGAUAGAGAAUUGGGAUUUAAGUUAUAUAGAUCAUCUUUCUUCUGCCCCCACUGGGUUAGGGUUUUCUUUUGGUUUCACUUUAACUCCAUUUUCAUACGUCCUUUCUCACACUACUGUUUCUGAGUUGUUUAAAUGUCCGAAAGAAGGAGGUGUCACACCUACGACCCAAUUCUGCUGCUGAAUUUAACGCCAAUUUGAGACCACAGGAGCUAUUCUGGUUCGGAUCAGUCGUAUAUUGGUUGUUUGAGCUGAAUUUGAGCUAGAAGUGGAAGAUGGAAAAUGGUUUCGACGGGAGAUCAUUGGCUGAAAAAUUCUCUGAGUUGGGCGUCAGUGCUACUCCAGCAGAGCAAUCUAACUCCCACUCAUCCAACAAUCACGGUAACAACAAUGAUAGCAACUUGUUUCAGGUUUUGAAAGCUGUUGAAGCAGCUGAGGCUACCAUUAAGCAACAGGUGGAGGAAAAUAAUCGACUGAGGACUGAACUUCAGAAAAAGAUUCAGGAACUUGAGAAAUAUAAGGUUGACGAGCCUUUGGCUCAAAGGUUUCAUUCCACAAACCAAUGGAGUGAGAAUGACCAUCAUGGAUCUAAUGGGGGUCAUCAAUCAGAUAAUUCAGUUGAUAAUGAACGACAGAGAUUUAAGAAUAACAUUUCUAUUGUUGAUUCACGCGGACCGCUAGUUCUCCAUCAAGUUGUUGAGCAAAAAGAUGAAGUUUCCAUGCGAGUUGAUGCAGAAUCUCGCUUUGAGGACAGGAAGUCAGACAGGAUGGUGAAUGCUCUUCCCGGCGUUCAGGCUUCAGUUGAUAAUGCUGGUUGCUCACAGUUCUCCUCACCAUCUACGACAUCUUUCUCAGCUAGCAGGUUUACAAUGGAUGUAGAAUAUGAUCCACGGAUUAAGUUGUCUGGACAUGGCAUAAUGCCAAAGGCUGAAGCAAAUAAUCCCAACAGCCUCUGGAAGCAGGACCUUGUUGUCAAAGUCCAGGAACAUGAAGAUGAAAUUGUGCAGUUACGCAAGCAUCUUGCUGAAUAUUCAAUUAAGGAAGCACAAAUACGAAAUGAAAAAUAUGUUCUGGAAAAACGUAUUGCGUAUAUGCGUUUGGCCUUUGAUCAACAACAACAAGAUCUUGUUGAUGCUGCUUCUAAAGCUCUCUCAUACAGACAAGACAUAAUUGAGGAAAAUAUUCGUCUUACAUAUGCAUUACAGGAAGCACAACAAGAGAGAACCACCUUUGUAUCAUCUCUACUGCCUCUUCUUGCGGAAUAUUCAUUGCAGCCUCCUGUUCCUGACGCUCAGUCCAUCAUCAGCAAUGUCAAGAUUCUAUUUAAGCACUUGCAGGAGAAGCUUCUUCUCACUGAGACAAAAUUGAAGGAGUCCCAGUAUCAAUUGACACCUUGGCGCUCUGAUGCAAGCCACUCAAGUUUUGCACCACAAUCACCCUUCCAUUCUAUUGGUGCAACCUUAACCACUUCAACUAAAAAUGGCCUUGAACUGGUUCCUCAACCUUCAUACUGGAACGGGAAGAUGCCAGUUUCUUCUUCUGAUGCUCAGACCACAGCUGAUUGGGAUCUAUCAACUCAUCAUCAGAUUGGUUUAGGUGUUGGUGUGGCAAAAAAGUUGGAACCAGAUGAUUUGGGGAGGUAUUCACAUCAUGCAAGCAGUGAAGGAACAAACAAACAGGUGACAUUCCGUGAACCUGUAAGCAAUAGUGAGAUUGAUGACCAGGAUGUGGUCCACCAAACAGAGAGAGAAACUAUCACCAACUGGAGUUCUGGGCAAUCCCCUCCUCCUGCCGCUUUUGAUGAGCCAAGCUCUUCUCAUUCUCCAAUUCUGCCUCCAGUUCUCGAGGAACCUUCACCUUCAUUUUCUGAAGAUGAUGAUCCAUUACCUGCUAUUGAGGCCCUUCAAAUAUCUGGCGAAGCCUUUCCAGGACAAGAUCUCCAAGCAUGUGGAUACUCAAUUAAUGGAACAACUAGCUGUAACUUUGAGUGGGUACGCCAUUUGGAAGAUGGAUCUGUAAAUUACAUUGAAGGGGCGAAGCAACCAAACUAUCGUGUUACUGCGGAUGAUGUUGACACCUAUCUGGCUAUUGAGGUCCAGCCUUUGGAUAACAGAAGGCGCAAGGGAGAGCUUGUAAAGGUUUUUGCCAAUGACCACCGAAAGAUUACUUGUGAUCCCGAAAUGCAGAACCAGAUAGAGAAGACUCUUUAUAGUGGUCAUGCAUCAUAUAAAGUAUCCAUGUCGGCUGGAUAUCUUGAUAUAUGGGAAGGAGCUACACUGUCCAUCAAAAGGGAAGGAUACAGCAUAAAAUGUAGUGGGUCUAGUGGUGAUGUCAUCACAGAAAAGUUUUCUCCAAAUACAAUUGUUUCAAUUCCAUUCGGAAAUCCUUCUGAAUUUACAAUAACUGGCUCUAAUAAUGUUGAGCAUCACUUGCGAGUGGACAACAAUUCUGCUGAUAUUAGCUGCUGCAGAGAUACGAUUGUGCUAACCUUGAGAUUAUUUAUUCUAAGGGCUAGCGAGAGAAGAAAAGGAAGAAAGCGAGUUUUGUUCUUUCACAAGUAAAGAAUUGUGAUUUCAAAGUUUUCCAUUGGCGUUUUUCUUUUCUUUCUCUAUUUUGUGUCAGCUAUGUUGAAUUAGUUUUUCUUUUUUAUAUUCAUGAGAAUGUAUAUGGGUAAAAUGAGCGUAUAUGGCUUGGAAUGAAAUAGGGUCUUCCUCUUGUUUUGGCUACUUUAAAUCUUCAAAUUCACGUUUCGUUUAGCUUCAGUUAUUUAUGCUCUGAAUAAUUUAUCAUGUUUUGAAGAGUUCUUAGUGCAGCCCUUAACGGGGUUCUAAAUUUAUCAAAAGAAAGAAAUCGUUAGCGAAACAAUUUAAAUA